CCAGUCUGUGGAAUGUGUGGAAGAACAUUCUCUAGUGACACGGUUCUGAGAUUUUUCCGGAGUGUAUGUGUUCUCCAAGGACGAUACAAACUUUGAGGCAUUCCAGUCGUUGUUUUACUACGACGUGUGGGACACAGGCUGGAAUCAAGUGGAGGACCGAAAAUGGUCUGGCCCGCAGUGGAACAGAGUAUGGCCCCAUGACAGAUCUCCCUGACUGGUCCUUUGCAGGCAAGUUCACAUAUGGCCGGCCUGCACCCCCCCUGAAAGGACAGCUGAGGAGAAAGCAGGAGAGAGAGACGUUAGCAAGACGUGUAGUGAAUCUCAGCUCGGAGGUGGAUAAGGGGAUGGAGGUGUGGAGGGAGAAACAGGAAGAAGCCAAAAGAAUGCAGGAACGCAAUAAAUCUCUUCUGCUUAAACCCAAAGGAAACCUUUUAUUGAAGAAAAAUAAGUAAUCAUCACAUUUUCUGUUCUAGCCCACUUGAGUUAUUGACAAAAUGGAGGAGAUUUGCGCAGUUGGUGUAUGGCAUUGUCUUUCCAUUUAUGUUUGUGCUUAUUUAGCCCUUUUCAAUGUUUUCUGAAAUUAAACUUGAAUGUAAAUCCACUGCCUACUGU